CCAGAGUCCCCCAGGGCUACAUUCACUCCCCGCAUUGGUUCAACCAGGCCCUAAAAAGGGAUCUGGCAGAUAUCGGUGAGCAAAUAACAUCCACGCUGAUUAUGUAUGUAGACGACCUGGCAUUGUGCUCAAACUCAUUGGAAGAAUGCCAUCGGGACUCAAUGACACUGCUAACAGCACUGGCGAAGAAAGGGCACAAGGCCUCACAGGAAAAGCUACAGUACUGUCAGCCAAAAGUACAGUACCUGUCUCGGACGCUGGGAGCAGGCACCAAGGGGAUCUCACCAUGCCAUCUGUUGGGAAUAUCACAAGCCCCAAAGCCGCAGUCAGUGGGGGAUUUGAUGACGUUCCUUGGCCUGACUGGGUACAGUGCCGAGUGGGUGAACGAGUACACAGCAGUAGUGGCUCCGCUACGAGCCAUGAUGAAGGAAGCAGGAGUCACCUCGCUACAGGCCAAGGUAAAAUGGACGGAAGAGGGGGAGAGAGCAUUCACCCAAAUCAAGCUGAGUUUACAACAGGCACCAGCGCUGGCCCUCCCAGACUACGAGAAACCUUUCUUCCUGUCUCUAAGAUCCACCAGGCCAUACACCAGCAGGAGGAGACAAGAGAGGGGCUGCUGCGGCAGGAGCGGGCCCCGGACGUCAUCAAAGUCCAACCUGGUGACCGGGUCUUCAUUAAAACCUACCGCAGGAAGUGGAACACACCUAGGCGGGACGGCCCAUAUACAGUAACCCAAGCAACGGCAACGGCAGUACAGGUUGAGGGAUCAACCACGUGGUUUCAUUUGAAUCACUGCGUGAAAGAACCCCAGCCCGGGCCAACCACGGCAUUGAAUGACCAGUCAACACUG